AUGCCUCCACGCGGCUUCACUAAUCCUGCUCCAAAGACCGAGUCAGCGCGGUCCGCCCUCAGCUCUUUCACAUGCACUCUGUGCAAUAAAUCCUAUUCACGACACCCAGAAUAUGAAGCGCACAUUGGAUCCUAUGAUCACCAGCACCGCAAGAGACUUCAGGACCUGAAGCAGCUAUCACGCGAUCCCAAUGCUGCAGAGAAGGCGCGACGCGCAGAGCGCAAAGCAGAUGCUCAGGCCGGGCUAAGAGUGAUUGAUGCGCCUGUAGCCAGUACCACUUCCAGUGGGUCUGGUGGAGGAGGAUUCAAGAAGGGCGGCUUCAAGAGCUCCUUCGCAGCUGUCAAGGGCGCGGCACCUGUAUUGAAGAAGAAUGUACUAGGGGACGAUGACGACGACGAGGCCCAAACAACUCAUAAGGAUCAAACGGGAUCGACGGGUUCCAAGUCAACGCAUGGACACGAUAUGGAUGCGGAAAGCGAUACCGACGAGGAAUAUGGCCGAGAUAACCAGGGCGGGGAAUACUAUGACCCUCGUCGACCUACUGGUUGCCUGGCUGAGUGUGCAGGGCGUCGGUGA